GGGCGCAGCGGGGAAAUGGUCUCCCGAGCCACUGACCGGCUGCUGAUCGUCGUCUCCGUCCUGGAAGGGCGCUGUUUUCCGAAACGACCCCAGCACAUGCUUAUAGUUGAAGCAAAGUUUGAUGGUGAACGGUUGGCUACUGAUCCUGUAGAGCAUACUGAUCAGCCAGAAUUUGCUACGGAAUUGGCCUGGGAACUUGAUAGGAAAGCACUUCAUCAGCACAGGCUGCAGCGAUCAACUAUCAAACUCCAGUGUUUUGCGUUGGAUCCUGCAACUUCAGCUAAAGAGAAUAUAGGCUAUGUUGUACUUGAUUUAAGGUCUGUGCAGGAAAAGAGACAGGCACCGAAGUGGUAUCCUCUGCUCAGUAACAAGUACAGUAAAUUUAAAUCUGAAAUACAAGUAGGGGUUGUGUUAGAGACUGAUUUAAAAGCACCAGUGAGGGCUUUAAAAGUAAGGGAGGCACCCCUUAGAGAAACGAAGGGUAACAUCUGCCUUCCUUCUGAAAUAGACCCUAUAAGUAUUUUGCCAGUCUUGAAUGAAGAAGAGGGCUAUCAUCAAAUUGGACCAGCACAGUACUGCAGAGACUACUUUGUCUUGUCUGUAACCGUUGUGUUUGCCACACAUUUGGAACAGUUAGUUCCUAGUACCAUGAAGCUUCCUGAAGGACGGCCUGUUUUUUUCUAUUACUCAUUACUGGGAAAUGAUGUUGCAAAUGAACCUUUUUCUGAUUUAAUUAAUCCAAACUUUGAGCCAGAAAGAGCUUCAGUUCGAAUACGUAGUAAAGCUGAUGUCCUUCAAGCUUAUCUUUACACACAGUCAAAAUUGCAGAUCCACCUUUGCUGUGGAGACCAGUCUCUUGGAAGCACUGAAAUAUCCCUGUCUGGAUUACUGAAGAAAAGUGUGGAGAUUGAUCAACACCCUGUGACAAUAGAAGGAGCGUUUGUCCUCAUUCCACCAAAUAGAGCUAAACAGAAACUGCCGCAGUUGCCUUUGGGCAUGGCUCCUACUGUUGGGGUAUCUGUAACUCUGCAAAGAGAGAGCUUGAAUGCCCAGCCUUUGAUUCCCUUAAAUGCUCCAACUGAACCCAGACAGCCACAGGAGAAAGCUCUUUCACCUAUUAGUGGAAAAACAGAAGUCCUACAGCAGAGAUCACAGAAUAUAUCAUCUCCAGCCGACCACUCUUCUUCAACAGAAGACAAAGCAACUGAAAGUGAGGUGGAAAGUCUUAAGUUUGAAAAAGGCACAAAACUGAAGAAAAAGGGGCUGGUGGCUGAGUCUUGCCAAGAGGUUAACAAGCAGUGUACUGAAGAACUUCCUGUUUCCAAAUCGCAAACCAGAGCAAAGUCACCUCUGUUGUCAGAUCUGCAAAAUUCAACUGAUAAUGGUCAUGGUCCAGUAGCUGCAUCUCAUCUCAACCGUAUGGUUGCUUCCAAUUCUCCUGAGCCUGUGUCAGCACAGAAAAUUGUCAUUCCAGCAACCUCUCACCAUUUUUGCUUUUCAAUAGACCUUCGAAGUAUACGUGGUCUGGAAGUUGGGUUUCCAAUAAAUGGCAUUUUAAGGUACUCGUAUCCAUUUUUUGGCAGUGCAGCGCCUAUUAUGACGAACCCACCUGUAGAAGUCAGAAAGAACAUGGAAGUCUUCCUUCCACAGUCCUACUGUGCAUUUGACUUGGCAGCCAUACCUCAUCAACUUCAAGAAACAUUCUUUAGCGCAAUAGCCUUUGGCAGUGACGGCGACAGACUUUGGCAGUGACAGCACCAGCAAGGAGGAGCAACUCCUCAUCCUCAGUGUUCCCAAGUCCAUAGCAGAGGCAAAACAUGUCCGUCGAGGCAGAACGGAGCUGCCCG